AAAUUUUAAUCAUGAUCAGCUGUUAUUAAGCAGUCGAUAUGAAGUGAAUAUUACUAUUGGGACUUCAAAGAUUUCAUACUUACCUCAAGAUAUGAGUUCACCUUGGUUAACUUUUAUUGUUGCAAGAAUAUGAUUGUUCGAUUUAGAAUACUAGCUGCUCUUUCACUAUAUGUAAGUAAUAUCAAUGGAGGAUGUCAUGUAAACGAUUGGCCGCACUCAUGUCAAGCCAACUUCAGAAUAGGACCUCAGAGAUGUGAACCCUGCGAGUCGGGUAGUUAUGGCUGUAACUGUUCAGAACCAUGUCCCUAUGGUACAUACGGUCAGGGAUGUUACCAUGUUUGUGAUUGUUCUGAUGAACAAUUCUGUGAUCCUGUAGUAGGUUGUACCAACAACAGUAGGACUGUAGAUAAUACAACUACAGAUAUAACGACAGUUACCCUUUCUUCUUCAAAUUCUGCCAAUCAACACAAUCCACCCACGGAGUCCGUGGUGACUCCCCUACAGAGCCUCACCACGUCACUGAUCGUGUCCAUUAUGACCGUCAUCGUCUUCAGCACGAUAUGCGCCUGUAUUCUCAUCAGAGUAAGCAAACGGUUUUACAAGCGUGAAUAUCGAAAACUACAAAAUCUUUGGCAAUCUAACGAGUCUACAGCUGGGGAUGAUUCAAACAUAUACUCUGUGUACGAUUACACUGGCUCCUUUGUCGCUCCGAGCAGCACUCUCCCACCGAUACUUGAUAACAACAUGUACGACCAGUCGGACCAGUCCAACACAGUCACCUACAAUAUUCUCUCCCUCAGGAAUUUCCCAUCGACAAUAAAUGACUAUGACGAAGACUGUAAUUCAGUCAUGCUACCGCCUCGUUCAAAGUUCAGUGGUUGUGAAAGUGAAGGAAGAGAUUUUGACUUUGAUAUAGAGCCAGAGUGCCUAUUGAAUCUGUUCAAAGAGGAGGAAGGCGAUAAGGCACCUUGUCGCUCGUCUAAUCCGGAUAUUAUGCAAUCUGAACUCGAUGGGGAAAAUGUAUCGUAUCAUAGCACGAGACUUUAGUUAGUAUGUACGUGUCCUUUGGAUUUUUUGGGGAAAUUGGACGGUUUUAUUCUGCUAAAAUAUUAUAUAACAUAGACAGAUUAAAAUUGAAAUACAUUUUCAUGGCUUAAAGUUUAUAAGGUUAAAAACAAUUGUCGGGAAAACAGGAAGAUUUGCAUUAUCACAAUUAUAUCUAAAUUUCAAACGGAAGUGAACAACUUCAUUUUUAUCAAUAUUCUAAUUCGUGUGCAAUUAAAAAAUUAUUCCAGCAGGUUCUGGAAAUAUUUUGGUGAUUGGUACUGCAUUGUUAACUCUUGUUUUUGUUGGGGUUCUGCAAGCUAGGUCGUUUGUUAUAUGAGAAUCAGAGUAUUUAUUGGCAACAAAUAAAAAUGUAUUUGUAACUCAAUAAAUGA